ACUAGUGAAGCCCAUCAUGUUUGAGCUUCCCAUCUCUCCACCAGUGAAGCUCAUCGUGGCUGAGCUGCCCAUCGCUCCAAUUAUGAAGCAUGUCAUGUUUGAGCUGAAGGGUCUGCUGAAGCAACAUAAAAAAAGACAAAAAGACAUGGAAACUUCAGUUCCACAGACCAAAAGUACUCCACCUCCUCCCUGCCUAUCGGAUUAUUUCCCUCCACCACAGGGUUGCCAAAGGGCCCAGAAUUGGUUCGAUUCACCUCCACCACAGGGUUGCCAAAGGGCCCAGAAUGUCUUCCAUUCACCUCCACCACAGGGUUUCCAAAGGGCCAAGGAUUUCUUAGAUUCACCUCCACCACAGGGUUUCCAAAGAGCCCAAAAUGGAGUUAACCCAUAUUCAGUGAAAGCAGGUGCUCCAAUUAGCAAAUAUUCAGGUUAUCCAGGUACAACUACCAAAGCUGGGCCUGGAAUAUCAGACACUGCCCUGGCUCACAUGCUCAGACCUCUCUCACCGAUGUGUGUGCCGGAAGAUGAUGGUGAAUGGGACUCUGGUUGGGAUCACAUGUCCACCCCUGGGACUUCUACAUGUGUUGACUCUUCCCCUGGACAUUUUAAGGCUUUUUUAGGCUAUUUUGCCAGAAAAAAGGAUGCAGUGGAGCAUAGCAUACUUAGAAAAAAUAAAUAAACUCAAGCAUCUUGUGCUUAUAAUACUUCUUAUAAAAUCCAAUGAGACAAA